GAGAAUGGAAGCAUUGAGGAAAGAUACGACAGAAGAAUUAAAUUUUUCUAUGCUCAUAGCAAUGAAGGGUCUUCCAAGCACAAGAAAAAGUGAAAUAGCCACCAAAUUAGCUGAAUUCUUAAAAUAUCCUCUAAUCGAUGAAGAUGAUAUAGUUUCAAAUCUUAAUACUUCUCCUUCAAAUUUCUAUACCAAUUUUAGUUCAUCUAUCAACGAAAUACCUUUUAAAAUUCUUACUCAAAUUACUUCAACACAACUGCGAUUAAAACUUCACGUGAUUAUCAACACUUCACUCUCUCAACAAAUUCAUUUCGAUCAAUUAUCUCAUCUAGCAACUUCUAACGGAGCUUGUUUGAUCAUCAUUGAUUGCGGAACACAAAUUGAUCAGGCGGGCGAAUACUACAAUAUCAAACAUGUCCCAAAGAUCAACAUCGACCAUACAAAGUUGUUCGAGGUAGAAAAUGUUGUGCCGAUUAUAUUGGAUGUUGCACAAUCGUAUAAAUCAAAUUUCCAACUCCUCAAAGGUAAACAGUCAAUAGAAGCUUUUGAUCAUAGCAAGAAAAAAAUUAUUCCUCAAAGACUUCGGACACAAGCACAUACACAUGAAUUUUCUUUCAUUGAAGAACAUAAUGCAGGUUCUAUUAAAUUCAAUUGCAAUUACUGCAAUGAAUCCAUUUCUAGUCCAACAUAUAAAUGUGUUGAGUGCUGUGAGUUCAUCCUUCAUAAAUCAUGUGCAGAACUAUCAGACAAGUUAGAGACUCUUCAAAUGAAUUGUCCAAAUUACUUGACAAAAAAUCCACCCGAAUAUAACUUUCCAAAAACACAUAAAUGCAACCUUUGUGAACAAUUUUCUUCUAAUUGUAAUGAUUGUCUUUUUCAAACCUUUAUCAAAUCCGGACUCUUACCGACCAUUCUUGAAUAUGAAAAGCAUAUACACAAAUUUAAUUUUGUUAUCAUGCCUCUUUGGUUCAAUUAUGAUUAUAAAUGUUUCGCAUGUAACAAGUUCGGAAAAUUUGUCGGCUACAAAUGUUAUGAGUGUAAUCUUGAUCUUCAUAUCAGUUGUGCAAUGAGGCUAGAUGAAGCUAGAAAUGAAAGAAAGAUAAAAGGACCAGAAAAUCUAGUGAAGAUUGGACGAGAGGGAUUUGAUCUCAUAGAUAAGUUGUAUGAGGAUGGUCGAAGAAAACAAGUCCAUACAGUAGCUCCUGAAGAUCGUUAUCCAAUAGUUAACCCAUAUCAGAGUAAACUUUAUAGAUAUGACCAAAGGAAACUUCAUGGAUAUGGCCAAAGUUUGGCACCAAUAGAUACAGAAAAUAGAAAUAGGGAUAAAAGGAAAACAAUUAAAACCAAUGACCCUAGUAUUUACAUUGAUGCGCCCCAAAUAGGUUGGCUACCGAGUGAUGCGGACACGGAUAAUGAAGUAUUAUAGGAUGGGAAAAGUAACCCCCCACGGGUUUAUUUAUAUGGACUAGUUUCGCAUUACUUGCUACGCACAUGGCUCGUAAUGUGACUCGUCAAUUUAUUUAUAUAUUAAAUUUAUUAUAAUUA